AAAAUUGAAUUAAAUCAUAUCAGUUACAAAUCAAUACCAAAGUGCUGCUGAAGAUAGCAGCAUAAUGCAAUGAACUGAAAGGAUACCCCCACCCUUUUCCACAAAUGCAGGUGCUCAGGCAUUUAUUAGCAAGGUUUAUGUUUUUGACAUCUCCUUAUCUCUGCCUGUAUUGCUCCCUUUGUUCCUGUUUCUGUACUGAGUUGACCUGCUACAUUUACUGUUCACAUACUCAUACAGAAUGAAGGGGUGAGGAAAUGUGUCUGCUGUGGUAGAGUUCGUUUGCAUACCCCACUCUUUGUGUGAAGCCUUGCUUUCACAUAUACACACACACUUAGUAACAACACUUACUGAUUGGUCGGCUGCAUCAGAGACAGGAAGUGCAAUGGAACAGUGUGCAUGACUGUGAUAUUGUACUUACUUCUCUACAACUUCAACUUGGGUGUGUGUUUGGAUAUUCAGAUACAACGUGAGUGAGUAAGCACACCGGACAGAAUAUGCCUGGUCCUCCACCCCCACCACCACCCCCUCCUCCAACCUUAGCUUUGGCAAACACUGAAAAACCAUCACUGUCCAGAUCUGAGCAACACGGGAGAAAUGCUUUACUCUCAGAUAUCAGCAAAGGCGCCCGACUGAAAAAAGCUGUCACCAAUGACCGCAGUGCUCCAGUACUUGAUAAGCCUAAAGGGGGUGGGGCUUCUGGUGGAGGUAGUGGUGGUGGUUUAGGAGGCGGAGCUUCAGGUGGACUUGGGGGACUGUUCCAGGGUGGGAUGCCAAGACUAAAAUCUGCAGGAGGUGGCUCAGCGAGGCCACCUAUGCCACCCACCGGUGGGAGAUUCCCAGCACCAAGUGGUGGAACUCCUCCUCGUCUCCCUGACUCUCCUUCUGGGCGAUCGAACUUGAGCAGAGGCAGUGUUCCACCUGUGCCUUCCUCUACAUCUGCCUCUCCACGCAGUUCACAUCCUGGUGGCCCUCCGCCCAUACCAGGAAGUCGAUUCCCAAGCUCCCCUUCUACCCCACCAACAAUGCCAGGUCGGCGCCCCAGCAUUCCUGUAAACCCUGCUCCCCCUGGCCGCCAAACAUCUUUACCACCACCCCCCGUUCCCUCUAGUGCCCGUCCAUCUCCUAACGCAGUUUCCUCUGGAUCCUCGAAUGAUUUCCCCCCUCCACCACCACCAGUAGGAGGAAACAGGUCAUCGUUUCCACCACCCCCUGUUCCCUCUAGUGCCCGUCCAUCUCCUAACACAUUUUCCUCUGGAUCCUCGAAUGAUUUCCCCCCUCCACCACCACCAGUAGGAGGAAACAGGUCAUCAUUGCCACCACCCCCCGUUCCCUCUAGUGCCCGUCCAUCUCCUAACACAUUUUCCUCUGGAUCCUCGAAUGAUUUCCCCCCUCCACCACCACCAGUAGGAGGAAACAGGUCAUCGUUUCCACCACCUCCUGUUCCCACAAGUGCCCGACCAAAUUUUUCCACAGGCAGCUCAGAUGAUUUUCCCCCUCCUCCUCCAUCCACAGGAGGACAUAGGGCAUCUUUUUCAUUACCCCCAGUUCCCCCUAGUAGCCACCCUCCACUUCCUACACCUCCUUCUGGGUCAGAUGAUUUUCCUCCUCCACCACCACCUGUUGGAGGAAGCAGAACAUCAUUUUCUGGUGAUGGGUAUCCACCACCACCCCCAUCAGGAAGUAAACCAGGACCAAGAUCUAUGGGUAGUGCCCCACCACCACUCCCUUCAGGAAGAGGAGACCUGCCACCACUGCCUCCUACACCAGCAAAGGAGCCAACCGGUACAACUCCUCAUAGAAAUUCUUUUAGUAACCCACCACCUGUCCCACGACCUGGGGGGUCUGCCCCACCACCACCUCCACCCAGUUCAAGACCACCACAAGCAGGAAAAGCCACAUCUAUACGAUCUAGUCCUCUUCCACCUCCUCCUCCAGGGGACAGCCGAGGAGGUACUCCACCUGCACCUCCUCCUAAUCACCCUAUUGGUAACCGAGGAGCUGGCAGACCUCCCCCUCCUCCGGAUAGGCCUGGGGCAGGAGGGUUCCCUCCUCCCCCGCCCCCUUCCAUGGACAAUGGCUACCAGAGCUCACCUCAAAACAGCACAGAUGAAUGGGAAAUGAGGUUUUCCUUCCAUGCAAUUUCUGAGCUGCCCCCACCUGAGCCUUACAUUUCCAUCCCUAAGACGUACCCCAGCAAGGCUGGUAAGAAUGAUGGCAAAGCAGGAACAGUACAGAGGGAAAGAGGAGCUCCUCCACUGCCUCCAAUACCCAGAUAAAGAUAAACAAAAAUCAAUUAUGCCACCGUUGUAUUACUAUUCAUUUCUUAAGCACAGCCUCAAAUGUAUUUUUCUGAAUGUUGCAGAAUUUUUAAUUCCACAUGUGAGAGUGUGCACUCUCUCUCUCUCUCUCUCAUACACACACACACACACAAAUAGAUGUAUUAAACAUUAUGUAUGUAAUAUGUAAGUAUAUACAUUAAUAAUACUGAUCAUUCUGAUGUAGGCAUAUUGCAGUUCAAUGUAUUCAAAUUAUAUUUUGAAAGGUAGUUAUCUGGCUACAUUUCGUUUUAUUUCCUUUUUUUUAGUAUAUUGCAUUUUUAAUAAAGACAAAUAAAAACACAAACGGAGAUGGAAAUAAUAUUUUUUGUUCUACUCUUUUUGCUGAGAAGGCUAAAAUAAAACACCUUUUAGAAGACACGCUGGUUGAAUGGUGCAGUGAAUUAAACUAGAAUUAAGAGUAUGUCUAGUCUGUAAAAGAAGACUUUGGACUCUGAGCACGAAGUGAUAUCUGAACAAACCUUACAUAGCAGAGCAUUCUGGGCCAGGUACAUACGAGGCAAUUAUGGCAUUCAAGGUUUGCAUGGCAUUUAGAAUCUGGGUGGAAAAUUGCACUCACUCAACGAAUUCUUGUGCAGUGUUUAAUUUUGGGCUGGAAGUGGCCCUGCUGUAAAAUCUGCUCCUUAUCUUUUGCAUGACACAUGGGUAUCAUCAGGGUUAAGUUGUGGCUGUGUUCUGGCAGCCAGAUACAGAUGAGUUCAUCACCAUCAUUACACAGCAAUAUGACGCCAGAUGAGCUGCCAGGUGUGGGUCAGCACCUACAUGGUUUACAGCUGAUAGUAUACAGUCGUAGAAGAGUAAUGAUUUGUAUUCCAGUAUCACCCAGAAGAGGAUAAGUUCCUUUUUGGGUCUGGUUCCUCUCUAUUUUGUUUCCUCAUGCCAUCUUUGUGGUAAUGUCUAUUAGUGGUGGGAAGUUCGGAUCAUUUUACUGACUCGGAUUUUUGAAUCUCGUUCAGCAAAAAGAACAAAUCUUUUUUCGGGUCAUUUAAUUAAUUUCAGGAGAAUAUAAUUAAAAAGUUACAUGUUAAGUUCCCCAACACAUCUAGUACUUAAUAAACUAUUAAAUAAACUAUAGGCUAAUGCAGCCAAGGCCGAAUUAUGAGAAACAGAAAUGAUUAAUAGCUUAGCUGGUCUUCAGGCUUUGCAGUCUAUUAGUUUGCCUCAUCUCCUGAUCCGAGCCGUUCUUUCUUUUGUCACGUCACGUUUGUCACUUCUGUUCCGGG